AUAUCGUCUCUUAUAUCUGUCUCCAAUGACGUGUGUCGUCUUUCUCACUCCAAACAAAACUAAUGUGUUCCUGGGGCUUAUCCAAGCAAUCAGCUGGCUAGCAGAUCCACGCCUUCUGUGUCUUCUUAUGCGUGAUCGAUUUAUGACCUGCAAGUUCUUCCGGUUCGAGGGGCGCAUUAUUUAUUUGAUCAGCUGUUUUCAUCUUCCGUACAGAUUUCACCGCAUGCGAUCAGCUCGUCUCUGACAUUAUCGGGGAUAUCAGCAGUGUAAAAGAUGAAAACAGUCCCAUAGUGCACAUGCAAAGCGCCGAGUAGGAAACGUCUAAGAUGGUGAACAAGGAAAUCGGUGAUACAGCCAGCCCUAAGAGUGGAAGUGCUACCGGGGAAAAUGAGCCUUCUCCUGAAGAUACACCCCCAGCACCCCCGGAUGGCGGAUGGGGCUGGGUGGUGACAUUUUCCUCUUUCAUGACUAGUUUCCUUGUCGAUGGAGUAUGCUUUACUUUCGGACUUUUAUUUUCGGAAUUCCUCGAUUAUUUUGGAGAGAGUAAAGGCAAAACAUCUCUGCUAGGAUCUGUGUUGAAUGGGGCCUAUCUUUCUCUAGGUCCCAUCGUGGCAGCUUUUUGCAACCGGUUCGGCUGUCGGCGGGUGGCCAUUGUUGGAGGGAUCAUGUCCUUUCUGGGCUUUUUCUUGUGUUCCUUUUCCCCGAAUUUAGAUGUCAUGAUUUUCUUGUAUGGAUUUGUUGGAGGUGCCGGUUUUGGUUUUGUAUACCUGCCGUCCAUCGUUAUGGUGGGCUACUAUUUUGAGAAGAAGCGUGCAUUUGCCACUGGUAUAGCCGUCUGCGGAAGUGGAAUUGGCGGGUUUGUGUUUGCACCUCUGACAGCCUUUCUCCUGGAAAGAUACUCUUGGCAGGGGACAUUGUGGAUUCUGUCGGCUGUGGUACUCCACGCGGUGGUCUUUUCGCAAGCAUUCCGGCCGCUGUACAACAACAAGAAAACAGAAGACAAGAAGUGUUACAAACAAGAAGAUUUGAAAGAUAAAGAAUUGAAACCAUUUUCAGCUUUAGAUCUCGAACUUUGUGAAAAGCAUCCGGUAUACAGGUGCAAAUCUGUGGAAGCUGUCCAUGUUUCCAAUGGAAAACACAGCACGGUUGUAAGACUUGCGCAGAGUCAAGAUAUUUCUACUCUCAUCGAGACAAAGCCACAUCAUCAACACAACAAUAUAUUAAAACCUUUAUCCAGGAAUGAUAUUUUUUAUAGUGGAAGUCUGAAGCAUAUUCCGCACAGUGUUGAGGGUAAUGCAAGAUGCAGGGGAUCAUCAUCUAGUUUACCCGGGAAAAUUGAUACUGAAGUCGAGAGUGUCGACGAACAUCGAAACCUAUGCUCCAAACUUGCAGGAUCUCUUGCGUCUUCCUUCGAUUUUAGUCUUCUUAAAAGCCCGACUUUCAUCAUCUAUGGUGUAUCUUGUUUUCUCUGUAUGUUCGGCUUUUUCAUUCCAUUCAACUUUUUGCCAGACUUGGCAAAAGAUCUGAAACUUGAUAAAACCCAGGGAGCCACACUGAUUUCUGUCAUUGGAGUGAGCAACACAUUCAGCCGAUUGUUUGUGGGCUACGUCACGGACCGGCCAUGGGCAGACUCCCUCGUUAUCAACAACCUUGCUCUGAUGAUUGGAGGAGCCGCAACAUUUGCUGUUCCUUUCUACGACAACUUCAUAGUUCUAAUCAUUUACAGUAUUGUGUUCGGGGCCUCUAUAGCGGCCUUUGUCUCCCUUCGUUCUAUCAUAAUGGUGGAGUUGAUGGGGAUAGAGAAACUGACCAACGCCUUCGGUCUGGUUGUGUUGUGCCAAGGGCUAUCAUCCUUCAUAGGGUCACCUAUAGCAGGUUCGUUGUCUGAUCAGACGGGUACCUACAAUAUUACUUUUUACCUGGCUGGAGUGACUAUGUUUUUGGCGGGAGCAAUUUGUGUGCCGCUGCGUAGAGUUGCAAAGUGGGAGGGACUCCUGACAACGACGGAAGUUGAAUUAGAAACCGGAAGUGCAGAAGACGGGUCCGAACACAUACCCAUGCUCAAGGAGAAAUCUCAGCAAAACCCUCAACAUUCCAGCAGUUAAAUAAAUCGGUUACAUGCAUUCUGAUUUGAAAUCCUUUUCUUUUUUACCUCGGUUUUUAAACAUUUAGAAAAUGUUAUUUGUAGACAUAAAUGAUAUAGUGAUGUAAUUAAUUGUAAUACCAGUGUUUAUUUUAUGUCCAUAUAGUAUAGAAUUUAGAUAAAGACAUCAAGUGAUACGUUUAUGAUGUGGAAAUUACGUUAAUGGUGUGGAAAUUACCAUUAAAUGAAAUUAAACUUCA